CGAAUCAAAAGUGUGUAGAACAGGAACAUUUUCAGGCUUUUCUGUUUAAAAACAGUAUGAAAUAAGGAUUCUAAACUCCUUCAAAAAGAUUAGGAACAUCAAAAAAUACCUAGCAAUCCAAAAUGAUCCUGCUUCAUGCCGUAGUCCUUCUUCUAGUGUCGCUUACGGCCUGGGCCAACGAAGUUGAGCUCCCGCCGAAAUUUGUCACUAGCAGCUCGCACACGAAUAAUUGGGCAGUGCUGGUCGAUACGUCGCGCUUUUGGUUCAACUAUCGACACAUCGCGAACGUGCUGUCGGUGUACCGGUCCGUAAAGCGGCUCGGCAUCCCGGACAGUCAAAUUCUGCUGAUGGUGGCCGAUGAUAUGGCGUGCAAUGCGCGUAACCCGCGGCCCGCCACCGUGUUCAACAACGCGAAACAGCACAUCAACGUGUACGGCACGGAUGUGGAGGUGGAUUACCGGGGGUACGAGGUGACGGUCGAGAAUUUUGUCCGUUUGCUGACGGGACGGAACGAGAACGGAACGGCACGGUCCAAGCGACUAUUGUCGGACUCGGGCAGUAACGUGCUGAUCUAUCUCACCGGGCACGGUGGCGAUGGGUUUCUCAAGUUCCAGGACUCCGAAGAGAUCACCAACCAGGAGCUGGCCGAUGCGAUAGAACAGAUGUGGCAGAAGCAACGCUACAACGAACUGUUCUUCAUGAUCGACACCUGCCAGGCGGCCUCGAUGUACGAAAAGUUCUACUCGCCCAACAUACUGGCCGUUGCCAGCAGUCUCGUGGGUGAAGAUUCUUUGUCGCACCACAUCGAUCCUGCCAUCGGUGUGUAUAUCAUUGAUCGGUACACCUAUAAUGCGCUCGAGUUUCUUGAGCGCGUCGAAUGGAACAGCAAGAAAACGAUGGGAGAUUUUCUUACCGUUUGUCCGAAGCGUGCUUGCAUUUCGACGGUCGGUGUGAGGAAAGAUCUCUAUCCCAAAGACCCCUUUAAGGUACCGAUUACGGAUUUCUUCGGCUCGGUGCGACCCACGGAGAUAUCCUCGGACGUUGUUAAUGUGACCCUUUCGACCAUUCCUGAAGUAUUAAAUCAACCAAAGCCAAUCGGUGGACCACAAGCCGCACUGUUCUAUGAACAAUUCCCUACCAAGCUGUUUCAGCAACGCUGAACGCUGUCCUAGUGCGUGACCAAAAUUAAGUGUAAUAAACGCGACGGCACUUGUUGUCUUUACUUCUUCCGA